UACGUGAUUGAUUGAUCUUUACUCCACCACAAGCUCAGUAGCUAAUCGAAAUCCAAUGAGACUAUAUCGCUCUGCAGCCAGAUAACUCAGUCAAUGUGAUAAGAAUUUGAUUCAAGGAAAUUUUCUAGUCAAAACCUGCAGAUGGUCAGUGCACAAUAACCGAGCAACGCACCGGAAUGAAUUUACUCAUCCUGUUCCUAGCCGCGGCGGCAUUUACCUACAAAUGGAUCUACCGACACUUCGAGGCCAGAUAUCGCUUCUGGAGACAACACAACGUUCCUCAUCUGACUCCUCGCUUUCCGGUGGGCAACGCUGGAGAUACCCUCAAAUCGACGAUACACUUUUCGCACAUUAUGGAAAACUUGUACCGGGAGAUGAAGCACUUUGGUGACUAUGGUGGAAUCUAUUUUUUCAGGGAUCCGGUCCUGGUGGUGCUGUCACCGGAAUUCGCAAAAACGGUGCUGGUGAAGGAUUUCAACUACUUUCUGGAUCGAGGAGUAUACAGCAAUGAGAAAGACGACCCAUUGUCGGCGAAUUUGUUUUUCAUGGAAGGCCACAGGUGGAGGAAACUGCGAGCAAAGUUGACGCCAACAUUUACGACCGGCAAACUGAAGGCAAUGUUCCAUACGAUUUUGGCCGUGGGGGAACAGUUUGACCGGUUCUUAGACGAUUAUACGAAACAGAAAGACGUGGUUGAGGUGAAGGAUUUGUUGGGAAGAUUUACGACGGACAUCAUUGGGUCGUGUGCGUUUGGAAUCGAUUGCAAUAGUUUGGAGAAUCCGAGGUCGAAGUUUCGCGAGAUGGGCAAAAGGAUGAUCAACUUUCCGAAGCGGAAAGCGCUGAAGAUAUUUUUUGCAAUGAUGUUCCGGAAACAGGCAAGAUGGUUGGGGAUCCGAUUCAACGACGAAGAUAUUUCGGAAUUCUUCUUCGGAGUUGUGAGGGAUACGAUUCGGUAUCGGGAAGAGAAUAACAUCGAGAGAAAAGAUUUCAUGCAACUGCUGAUAGAGUUGAAAAAUAAAGGAUAUAUGGAGGGUGAUACCGAAGAUGCUGAAGAGCUGCAGAACAACCGGCUGGAGAAAAUCACGUUUGAAGAAAUUGCUGCUCAAGCGUUCGUUUUCUUCUUUGCUGGAUUUGAAACGUCAGCUACCACCAUGACAUUCGCCCUUCAUUUAUUGGCCAUGAAUCAGGAAGUACAAGAUAAAGGUAGGAAGUGCGUUCAUGAAGCACUAGACAAACAUGGUGGAAAACUAACUUACGAUUCGUUGAUGGAAAUGACAUACAUUGAUUGUAUUAUUCAAGAAACUCUGAGGAUUUAUCCACCGGUGGCAACGAUUCAUCGCGUUACUACGAAGCCCUACAAGCUUCCUAAUGGAUCAGUGCUUCCGGAAGGUAUUGGCGUUGUGAUCCCAAAUCUAGCGUUCCAACACGAUCCAGAUUUUUUCCCUGAACCGAUGCUAUUUCGCCCGGAGCGAUUUUUUGAAGAUGAAAAAGAAAAACGGCACAACUUUUCUCAUCUUCCGUUUGGUGAAGGACCUCGGAUCUGUAUUGGGAUGCGAUUUGGCUUACUACAGACUAGAAUGGGGCUUGCAAUGCUGUUGAAAAACUAUCGUUUCCGAAUAUGUUCUCAAUCGGUAGUUCCUUUGAAAACAGAUCCUGUGAAUUUGAUCUACGGGCCAGCUGGAGACGUUUGGUUGGGAAUAGAAAAAAUCCAAUAAGAAAAUGAUAAACCGGUGAA